CGGCGAGGUGAAUGUGCAUGCGGGGAAAGAAAAGGAAAAGAGGAACAAUCUGUUCGACACGUUCUCGCUCUCCGUCCUCCCCCUUCCUUCUCUCUCUCCUCUCUCUCUCUCUCUCUCUCCCCUUCUCUCACUCUGCCUCACUCCCUCUCUGACGCCUUCUUCUUCUCAAUGGAGGCCAUGAGAAGAAAGCAGCCCGCUGGUUUAGCCAAGAGCAGCGUGGAUAAAGGUGCAUCCACAAAGACAGAGGGACUCGACCCAGCAAGCAAUGGAGAGGAGAAGUCAGACGAAGACAAAGAGGUAGCAGCCAGACUGGCCUCUUCCCCCGCAGCAGAGGCAAUGCUCAACGGCACCGAAUGUGAAGACACGAGGCACAAGAGCCUGACGUCGAGCAGCAACAAGACUGUACUGCUGGUCAAUGAAAACGGCACAUUGGACACGGAGCCGCCGCACGGUUCUGUUACUGGAAGCAAUGGAUUCGUUCUCACUAAGCAGCAGCAGGACAGCGGCGCUGCGACCCCUCACAGGACUAACUGGUUGCCUUCGGGCUCGCCGUCAGGGGGAAGCACGGCCAAACCCGCUUCGUCGUCGUCGUCAGGGUGUGCACAGGGUUCAGGUGCACUAAGGACUGCCUCCAGUACAGGGACUACAUCGGGACAGGGCACAUCAGACACUAAAAAUGGCACUGUUUUGUCUCCGGCACCCGUCACCAUUCACAGAGCACGCAAGACCAUUUCCAGACCUGCUGUCAGCCCGGCACAAAAGCUUCUUAACAGGGAAUUAAGGGAAGCAAAGAGUGCCAAAAUGGAGAAAAUGGAGACUCACGCUGCACCAGACGUGCACAAAUCUUCACAGCAGUCAUCCACUCAAAACCAUCUACCUCAGAGUUCACCGGACACGCCAGCUUCAGCACAAACCGCUUCAUCGGCUUCACCAGCACCUCCACCUCCGCCUCCUCCAGCUCCUGCAGAAACUACAGCUCCAGCCAAGCACCAUCUAGGCUCUUACUCAGCAGGGUUGUCGUCCCAUAAGAAGAAGAAGAGGAGGAUGGGAACGUACAGUCUGGUUCCUAAGAAGAAAACCAAAGUGCUUAAGCAGAGGACAGUUCUGGAAAUGUUUAAGGAGCUACAGCAAACUGCAAAGAACCCACAGCCUAAAGAGGUGGCAAACAUCAACGGGGAGAAGGUGGGAAACGCGUCCGAGGAGGAAGAGUCGGAAGAUCUGGAGUCUGAGGAGGAGGAACGACAGCAACCAGCGGCAGAACCUGCCAGUGUCGUCCAGGAGACAUCUGAACCCACAGCUCAGGUGAAGGAUGAGCAGGAGUCUGAAGAGUCUGGAGAAGAAGACGGAGAGGAGGAAGGCACAGAGUCUGAUUUGAGCACAGAGUCGAGUCUGAAGAAGAAGGCGCUGAAAAAGAAAACGAAAGCAGACAGCGCCUGGCUGAAGCCCUCUAGGAAACGAAAGAGGAGGAUGAAGGCUAAAGAACCGGAGGCGGUGGUUCAGCCUCAGGGUUUAGCUCCGGCCCAGCCUCAUGAUGACAAACAGUACACACAGAUUUUCCCUCCUGAGUGCAUCAACUACAACAAGCCUUCAGAAAACAAAGACAUUUCGGCGGUGUCAGCGGUCGAGGAGGCUCAGGAGCUUCCCCUCUGCAGCUGCCGCAUGGAGACUCCCAAGAGCCGAGAGAUUCUCAUCUUGGCCGACAGGAAGUGCAUGGCCACAGAGAGCGUCGACGGACAGCUGACCCGCUGCCAGGGCGCCGUGCUGAAACACGAAAUGAUGCGUCCGUCCAACACCGUUCAGCUGCUGGUUCUGUGCGACGACCAUCGCAACGGCAUGGUGAAGCACCAGUGCUGUCCGGGCUGCGGCUUCUUCUGCAGAGCCGGGACCUUCAUGGAGUGCCAACCAGACAUCAGUAUCUCCCACCGUUUCCAUCGUGCUUGUGCCUCAAUGCUCAAAGGUCAAAGCUUCUGUCCUCACUGUGGAGAAGAAGCCAGCAAGGCCAAGGAGGUAACCAUCGCCAAGGCCGACACCACCUCCACCGUUCCCCCUGCAGUCGCCCACGGUCCGGCCACGCCUGGAGCCCCCGAGGGCCGAGCAGAUACCACCACCGGCAGCUCUUCGUACCUGACCAUCGGGGCUGAAGCCAGCGGUCGAGCCGACAGUUCGUUGUCUGUUCGUUCUGUUCAAGGACCGGAUGCCUCUCCUGUUCCUGGAUCUUCAAGAACUUCCUCUCUGCAGGCCACGAUGGGACCAACAGCUCUGCCUACAAUCCCUUCAGGAGCACCAAGAGAAACUCUGGAGAGCAUCCUGGUGGCUCUCGACACAGAGAAGCCCAAGAAGCUGCGUUUUCACCCCAAACAACUUUACCUCUCGGCCAAACAGGGAGAGCUGAAGAAAGUCCUGCUAAUGUUGGUGGACGGUAUCGACCCUAAUUUUAAGAUGGAGUCUCAGAACAAACGCACACCGCUGCAUGCAGCAGCUGAGGGAGGACACAAAGACAUCUGCCACAUGCUCGUACAAGCCGGUGCAAACUUGGACAUGUGUGAUGAAGACCAGCGGACUCCACUGAUGGAGGCCUGUGAGAACAACCACAUGGAGGUGGUUCUGUACCUGCUGAGGGCUGGAGCCAGCGCCACGCACAAGGACGUUGAAGGGUUCACGUGUCUCCACCUAGCUGCAAAGUCUGGACAUUACAAGAUUGUUGAGCACCUUCUGUCCACCGGACUGAUCGACAUAAACUGUCAGGAUGACGGCGGUUGGACGGCCAUGAUCUGGGCCACGGAGUACAAACACGCUAACCAGGUGAAGCUGCUUCUCACCAAAGGAGCUGACAUCAGCAUCAGGGACAAGGAAGAGAACAUCUGCCUGCACUGGGCAGCGUUCUCCGGCAGCGUGGAGAUCGCCGAGCUGCUGCUGGACGCCAACUGUAAUCUGCAGGUCGUCAACAUCCACGGAGACUCUCCUCUGCACAUCGCUGCUCGGGAGAAUCGCCUCGACUGUGUCACGCUUUUCCUGAAUCGAGGAGCGGAUGUGUUUCUGAAGAACCGAGAGGGAGAAACUCCUCCGGACUGCUGCAGCCACAACUCGAAGGCCUGGGCAGCCCUGCAGGCCAACAGGAAGGAGAGGGACGCCAAGAACAGCAGGCACAGUCAAGCUGGAGAAAAGCUCCUUCACAGUGACAUUGCUUUAGGCCAGGAGCGAGUUCCCAUCCCUUGUGUGAACGCCGUCGACAGUGAACCGUACCCAGAAGACUACAAAUACAUCCCAGAAAACUGUGUCACGUCCCCGAUGAAUAUUGACAGGAACAUCACACACUUGCAAUAUUGCAUCUGUAAAGAAGACUGUUCUGCAAGUAUCUGCAUGUGUGGACAGCUCAGUCUGCGCUGCUGGUAUGACAAGACUGGUUGCCUUCUACCUGAAUUCUGCCGUGAAGAGCCUCCUCUCAUCUUCGAGUGCAACCAUGCAUGCUCCUGUUGGAGGACCUGCAAGAACAGAGUGGUACAAAAUGGACUCAGGACCAGACUUCAGCUCUUCAGGACCAGUAAGAAAGGCUGGGGUGUCCGGACGCUGCAGGACAUACCGCAGGGGACCUUUAUAUGCGAGUACGUAGGUGAGAUCAUCUCUGAAGCAGAAGCAGAGAUGAGGCAAAACGACGCCUACCUGUUCAGCCUGGAUGAUAAGCCACAAGACAUGUACUGCAUCGACGCCCGUUUCUAUGGCAACAUCAGCCGCUUCCUCAACCACAUGUGCGAGCCCAACCUGUUCGCCUGUCGAGUUUUCACGACGCACCAGGACCUUCGAUUCCCACACAUUGCCUUCUUUGCCAGUGAAAACAUCAAGGCUGGAGAAGAGCUCGGAUUUAACUAUGGCGACCACUUCUGGGAAGUCAAAAGCAAGACGUUCAGCUGUGAAUGUGGCUCCUCCAAGUGUAAAUACUCGGCGGUGGCCUUGGCGUCGCUGCAGGCCGACAGCACACCGGAGGAGCAGCAACAGCCCAGCGCAUCGCCUGACACCAGCUCUUCCAACAGCCCCUCCAGUCCUUCCUAAAACGCUCCCACCACGAUGCCCGUCCCCAUCCUCCUUCUGAAACUUUUAUCGAUGAACUUCUUGUACUGUAUCUCCACUUCUGAUUAAAACCAUGGACCACCGACCGUCAUGAGAACCUGUAAAAAACUUUGUUACACCGAACCAGAUGCACAAUCCAAUCCUGGAAGAACUUUCUGCUCCGUUAUUCCACCGUCUGUAACGUGAACAGCAGAGGGCAGCGACGCCAUGCACAGCAAACACCACAGAGACACUAACGGACAGUCUUUACAUUUCAUACGCAACUUUGCUGGGAAGGAGGACUGUGCAUUUUGUCUUUUUUUGUUUGUCUUUUAAAUGUAAUUGGUUGACCUAUUUAAGUGGCUUUUUGUAAGAGUCAUGAUCGAGGAAUUUGGGGUCGUGGAUUAGGGUUUUGUUGUCUUUUGCGAAGACAACCUCAACUUUCUUGACCUUUGCGGUCAUUUACCAUGAACCAUUCCAGCAAAAUUAGCUGAUAAAUUAAGUUGCCACUUUUUCGUGUCAUUUCAUCUGUCUUGUAGUGUUUGAAAGAAAGCGUCCCGAUGAAUUAUCUAACAUGUAAAGGACAAAGAAGUGGAGCAAAAAGUGGACAGUUUUUUUUUUUUUAAAGUGAGUAUAGAUCACCUAGUAGAAAGAUGCUGAACCAUUCCUCAAAGAUGAGGCGUUUCUAGUCUGAAUAAAUUGGCGGAUCUUUUUAUUGCGCAUGUUUAAGGGGAUUGAAAUGUGUCACAUACUUUGCCACAGUGGUGGAGGAAUCAAUGAAACUGAAAAUGAGUAAGAAAAAAAAAACAAACCAAGAAAAUGGUGCUGACAAAAGGUUUUUACUUUUGUUCUCAUUUUUAUUACCCAAGUGAACAUAGUUUGUAAAAUAAGAGAAUGUUUUUAAGUUUUUUAUGUUUAAUUUUUGUCUCCAGUUUUCUAAUCAUAGUUACAGUAGCUAGAUUUUAAUUUUGUUUCAUGAUUUUGCCGACAAAAGCCAACCCGUCAUUUUAAAUGUUGUUAGUAAAGCAGUGACUGUUGUGCAAAGUCUUGAAAGGUAUAAAUGAAAAAAAAGGUUAUAAAAAUGCACUUCCAUUACGUUCUGUUACAUAUUUCUGGACCGUGAACCAUCCAUCUGAUUGGUUGUAUCUUUUUCAAUAAAUUUAAUACUAAUGCA